AUGACAUUUUCCCUUCCCGAUGAAUGUAUAGCUAAUAUUCUCGAACAUAUUCACCACUACGACUUAUCCACCCUUCAUUGUGCCUUAUUAAUCAACAGACGUUGGUGCACCGAAGUAACGUCUUUACUUUGGAGACAACCAUUUAAUGUACUUGGCCGGAUUGACUCUGACCAUGCAAUUAAUCUCGUCCCAGCCCAACGACGCCGACUGCUAUGCGGAUAUCGAUACGUCAAACUCGUAAAUUCGUAUCUUCCCUUUCUGAGCGAAAAGACCAGAUCGGCCUUUGGCAUACGAUUAAACCCGACAAAUCGUCCUCCCACCUUUGAUUAUCCAAAGCUAUUAAGAGAACUCGAUCUUUCUGAUCUACAGACUGCGGCUUAUUACUGGUGUGAAGCGCAUCAUCCCGUAUCGGAAACUAAAGGUGGGCAUAAUAACACUGAUCCCGAAAAGACAGAAUAUCGUAGCCUGGCAGAUGAACUGUGCAAACUGUUUUUGGAUCGUUGUGAACGUUUUGACUUUCUAUGCUUCAACGAGAAGGAGCCAAACAAGUAUCAGUUAUCACAACUGCAAGAACUCUAUCCUAAUCUUUAUCGCUUUACUCCAUCACCUAAAUGCGUCACUCGUUUAAACGGUCUGGUUAUCGGGCCAACUUUGCUCGAGCAGUUGUAUAGUACUGGGAUCCUGAAACACAGCACCAACGUCGAGUGUUUACGAAUCGAAGGUUUUUGCAAGCCCGCAGAUUACCUUCAGUCGUUCAUUGAAUCUCAACGGAAGCUGCGCAAGCUGACGAUCGAUGGAUUCUGGGUGACUAAACUUCAGACAGUCCUUCCCGCACUAAAUUCACAGCACUCUUUAACAUACAUAGAAUUCUAUCGUUGCUGGUUGAACGACAUUGCGUUACUGGGAAACUACUCCAUAUGCCAAAACAUAGAGACACUACGCAUAAUAUCAUGUCGCCGCAACUUGAACGCACAGUAUUUCUCAUUUACCAGUUGCCACUUCCCCCGGUUAAAACGGUUGGAUUUCAUUGGCAUCAAAUACGAUUACAGAACGCAUACUUCAUGGGUAGGCACGUGGGGGUCUCCACCGAUUGAGGAGCUUUCGAUCUUGUUGACACGCGCAGCCGGCACGUUACAAGAAGUCAAUCUUGGAUUAUGGAUAACGGACAUUGAAUCAGUGCUCCCAACACUGAUGAAAUAUUGUACGAACGUCACUCGAUUUUCCGCGACAUUGACAAGAGCCGAGGAUGUACUAAUAUUGUUGCAUUCACUACGAGGAUUCACUCAAUUAACAGAAUUGAGCAUAUCGUCGCUGAAUGUACUUAGUACCCAAGACGUUCUAACUGUCUACAGCAGUUAUCGAGCGAAAAAUAUGAUCAGUGUACCGUCACACAUACGGAAAUUGUCAAUAGAUACCGAAUGGACGUCGAUACGAGAACCGUUACGGUGGUUGUUGAAGCAUUGCGAGGCCAAACUCGAUGUCAUAUCGUGGAUUUGCACGUUGAAUGAUGUGAAGCAGAGUCUCAAGAUAAUAAAGGACUAUUCAAUGAGGAUAGGUAGGAUAGUGCAGAAACCACAUGUGACGGGGAAUCCCGCGUUUCCUGACUUGGUCCGCAUAGAAGUGAAGUUGUGCGAAGAAGAUAAAAAAGCUGGAGAGGAGGAAAUGGGGAUGACACGGCAUUUCUUCUGA